AUGGGCCUAAUUUGUGUGCUGCUCUGCGUCUUCUGUGUCACGGCGGCGGCAGUCGGGUCACCACGUCCCGCGGCCGUUACGGAGGUCCCGUUUCCGGAGCCAACCCACCCGAUGGACGACCCGAACUGGGUGCCGCCGACGGGACCGGCCAACGAGAAGGACCGCGAGUACUGGCUGGCGACCGGGCAGAGCCGUCUGCGGCGUCAGAUCGGCCUCAGCGAGCUGAACCGGCGGGUGGCCAAGAACGUCAUCAUCUUCAUCGGCGACGGGCUCUCGAUACCGACGCUGGCGGCCACACGCGUCUACCUGGGCGGCGAGGAGCGCGAGCUGUCCUUCGAGCGGUUCGCCCACACCGGGCUCGCCAAGACGUACUGCAUCAACUACCAGGUCUCCGACUCGGCCUGCACGGCGGCCGCCAUUUUGACGGGCGUGAAGAACAAUUACGGCACCAUCGGGGUCAGCGGCCACGUGCCGCUGCGGAACUGCCCGCUCAGCCUGCAGGAGUCGAACCGGCUGACCUCGAUCCUGUGGCACGCCGGGCAGGAUGGCCGCUCGACGGGCAUCGUGACGAACACGCGCAUCACGCACGCCACGCCGGCCGUGGCCUACGCAACGGCCGGGGCCCGCUACUGGGAGGACGACACCGACCUCGGCCAGGGCUGCACGGACAUCGCCACGCAGCUCGUGCACGGCGACAUCGGCCGGAACCUGACGGUGGCACUCGGUGGCGGCUCCCGGCACUUCUACCCGACCGGCACGGUCGACCCGAAUGGCGUCCCGGGUCACCGGGCCGACGGCCGGAACCUUGUCGACGAGUGGACGCGCUCCAUGGCCGACCGCAUCCUGAGGGCACGCUUCGUCCACAACAGAGUAGGGCUCAAUGAGGUGCAGGCCGGGCAGGUGGACCGGCUGUUCGGGUUGUUUAGCGGAAACCACAUGUCAUACCGUUUGCUGGCGGACCAGACCCACGAACCGUCGCUGGCCGAGAUGACGGCCAAGGCUCUGGAGCUGCUCAAACGCAACGACCGGGGCUUUGUGCUGCUGGUCGAAGCCGGACGGAUCGAUCACGCACAUCACGACAACCUGGCCAAACUGGCGCUGGACGAGACGGCGGAGCUGCACCGGGCCGUCGAGGAGGCGAUGAGGCUGAUGGACGGUGAUCCGGAAACGCUGCUGCUGGUGACCGCUGACCACUCGCAUACGCUCACGAUCGGUGGGUAUCCGGUGCGUGGCAACGAUAUCCUGUCGACCGGCGACUUCUCGCGCCUCGACCGGAUGCCGUUCUUCACGCUGACGUACGCGAACGGGCCAAGCUACUUCGAUCACUUCUACGCGAGCGGUGGCCGUAGGAACCCGGCCAACAUGGCGGACCGCUACCGGGAUCCGGGCUUCACGUAUCCGGCCGCCGUACCGUACGAGGACGAAACGCACGGCGGUGACGAUGUGGCCGUGUUCGCCGACGGUCCCUGGGCGCACCUUUUCAGCGGGCUCUACGAGCAGCACGUCAUCGGCCACGGACUGCUGUAUGCCGCCUGUCUCGGACCGGAUGAGUUCGAGCGUUCCGAAGCCUGCCGCCAGCGGUUGGCAGGAUCGGCCACGAGCCUUCGCCGGCGAGCUGCCGGCGUGUGGAUCGCACCGUUGCUGGCACUGACGCUUCACCGUGCGGUGGCAACUGUUUGA